AUGGACUCACUCCUCCGAUGGGGCAUCCAAAACUCAACGCAACAGCCAGAGUCCGAAGGCGCUGCCCCCGUGCAGCGACGCGAUCUCGACCCGGCCAUCAUCGACCACAUCCUGGGCAAGCCGGAUGCGCAGCUCAUGCGCGAGGCGCUCGCCUGCGCGGUCGACACAAGCCGCGAUGAGGACGCGCGGCUCACUGCGCUCGAGGACUUCCAGAUGCUCGUCGAGAACAUUGAUAACGCCAAUGAUCUCAAGAAGAUGAACAUGUGGCAACCUAUACAGGAUCUGCUACUGUCCCCAGAGUCCAGCGACGAUAUCAAAACCAACACGCUGUGGAUUAUUGGUAUCGCCAUACAAAACAACCCUUCCGCUCAGAGCGCCUACCUCGCACUGGACCCGAUCCCUCAACUCCUCCCAUUCCUCUCCCCUUCGACAAACUCACGCCAAGCACGCUCAAAAGCCGUCUUCACCCUGUCCAGCCUGCUGAAGCACAGCGCCGCGGCGAUCCAGCAGUUCGACGCACACAACGGCUGGUCAGCGUUCCGGGCAUGUCUCGAAGACUCGGACAUCAGCGUCCGCCGCAAAACCGCCUUCCUGAUGAACACCCUCCUGCUGCCCACGCACGAUGCCCCGCCCGCGAGCGCGAGCGCACCCACAGGAACAGAAGCAGGAGUAGGCUCGACAGCCGCGGCGCUGCACACUAGCUCAUCACCCAGCGCACCUCCUUCGCACCCCAACUCGCACUCGGCGAUUGUAGACGACCCGGCGUCGGCGUCGACGUCUGCGACGAUGCUGCGCGGGCUGCGAUCGCCCGUCGACCCGGAUAUCAAGAAAGGGGAUUCGACGACGCUGCUGGACGCUGUGGUGGAGGCGCUGGUGCGGCCGGUGCCGUUUGGGCCGGACGGCGAGCAUGAUCGCGAUGUGGGGGUCACUGAGAACCUUGUCAAGUGCGCAUCCGUUUCUCGUUUCUCUCUCUGCUGUCUCUACGAAUGCUUACGCGUGUCUGUCUGA